GGUGACGUCAUUCGUUUGUGGAAAUUCCUUAUCACACUCUCGCUGAGCCUUUUUUGCAUUAAAAGUGUUUUUGGAGAUUGGAAAUGUCUGCACGUAAAGAAAUCGACAAACAACUUUAUGAUGCUGUGGAGAGAAAUGAGGUGGAGACAGUCACUCAUUUGAUUAAAAGAGGAGCAGACGUUAAUACACGUUGUGGGAGAUUGAAUUGGACUGUUCUGAUGAAAGCUUGUUAUAAUGGUAACAAGGAAAUGGUGGAGCUGCUAUUAAGAAGUGGAUCAGACGUGAACAAGACUGCGAAAGAUGGAUGGACAGCAUUGCAUUGUGCUGCUCGCAGGAAUUACACCAAAGUUGUUCGUAUUCUGUUAGAGAAUGGAUGUAAUAUCAACAUAAAAGACGAUGAUGGAUGGACAGCAUUGCACAGUGCUGCUAACAACAAUGACUCCAAAGUUGUUCAUAUUCUGUUAGAGAAUGGAUGUGAUAUCAACAUAAAAGACGAUAGUGGAUGGACAGCAUUGCGCCAUGCUGCUGACAACGAUCACUCCAAAGUUGUUCAUAUUCUGUUAGAGAAUGGAUGUGAUAUCAACAUAAAAGACGAUAAUGGAUGGACAGCAUUGCAUUGGGCUGCUUUCAAGAAUCACUCCAAAGUUGUUCGUAUUCUGUUAGAGAAUGGAUGUGAUAUGAACAUAACCAAAAGUGGACAAACUGCACUGCAAUUAGCUGUCAGACAGAGUCAUGAAGAUGCUGCAGAUGCAAUCAAGGCAUUUACUGCCAAGAACCCGUCACAAUCACCAUUGCGUGUCAACUGUCGUACAAGCUCAACAGCAACAGCAUCAAAUGUUUGUCCAUCUACACCAGUGACACAGAGAAUGAGGACCACUACACCUACACAACAAUCUCCAAGACAAGUGGCUGGAAAAGGAGAUGAACGGUUAGUAGAGCAGCUGAUACAACAAAUAGAACAACUGAGAAAUGAAGGUUCAGAAAAAGAUAGAGAAAUUGCUGAAAUGAGAAAACAAAAUUCAGACCGACAGACCGCAUUGAGAGUGGAUGGCAAAGUGGAGGAAACGUCAAAUGACGACAACAUUGCAAGUGACAAAAAAGACGAUGUGCGACGACAGAGAUUUGUGCUGUUAGUGGUUCUGCUCUGUGUUGGCACUGUUGUCCUUGCAGUAGUCCUACAACGAAUUACAUACACAACAGAUCACAGUAUUGAUACGUCACAUCGUGAACCUACUCGAAUUCGUGAAAAAGCAGCAGUACCGUUAGCUACAGACUCAGACGCUGACCAAGUUACAUCUGUUGAACUUUUAAAGAUUGCUGUCGAGGCAGGAUCUCAUUGGCAUUCAUUUGGCAUUCAUCUGGGCUUCAGUGGUGAAACUCUUAGACAGUAUGAGAAACAGUUCAACGAGGCAGCUCGUCUUCUCUUUGAGAUUCUUGACAAUUGGCGGAAACAGAAAGGCAAACAAGCAACAAAGAAUGCAGUUUUGGAAGCUUGCAGACAAGCUGGUGUUAGAGGGGCAUGUGAAAGGGUUUUUAUAAGAUAAGAUUCUGACAUCUUUCUUUACAAUUGUUGUAGCUCUGUUAAGUUAUGGGAGCACAAAGAAUUGGGCUGUGACACACAUCACAAUUCCUUGUCUCUUAGCUAACGUUGUUUUUAAAUUAUUUGUAAACGACAAUCAAUCAUCAAUCUGUUGAUAACGUGUACAUAAA